GAGUCCUGCUGACACUGCUGUGAAGACUGGGAAAGUAGAGAAUUUUGUUUGUUCAGCAUUUUAAGAAGUCUACAUCAAACCAGUCAUGUUGAAGAACAUUCUACUGUGGUCUCUUCAGAUAAGUCUCCUAGGAAUGAGUCUUGGCGGGAACGUUCUCAUCUGGCCAAUGGAAGGCAGUCACUGGCUAAAUGUUAAGAUCAUAAUAGACGAACUCCUAAGGAAAGAGCAUAAUGUGACUGUCCUUGUUGCAUCCGGGGCACUUUUCAUCACACCAUCCAUUAGCCCAUCUCUGACCUUCGAAAUAUAUCCAGUGCCCUUUGGCAAGGAAAAAAUCGAAAGUGUGAUCAAGGACUUUGUUUUGACAUGGCUGGAAAACAGGCCAUCUCCUUCAACUAUCUGGACUUUCUAUAAGGAAAUGGCCAAAGUCAUUGAGGAGUUCCACUUGGUGUCCAGAGGGAUCUGUGAUGGCGUUCUUAAGAAUGAAAAGCUGAUGGCCAAGCUGAAGAAAGGAGAGUUUGAAGUCCUGUUAUCAGACCCUGUAUUUCCAUGUGGUGAUAUCGUGGCUUUAAAACUGGGAAUUCCAUUUAUCUAUUCCUUGCGGUUUUCUCCUGCCUCCACAGUAGAAAAGCACUGUGGAAAGGUCCCAUUUCCUCCUUCCUAUGUUCCUGCAAUUUUGUCAGAACUCACAGACCAGAUGUCCUUCACUGACCGAGUACGGAACUUCAUCUCCUACCGAAUGCAGGACUACAUGUUUGAAACUCUUUGGAAGCAGUGGGAUUCCUAUUAUAGUAAAGCUUUAGGAAGACCCACCACACUGUGUGAGACUAUGGGGAAAGCUGAGAUUUGGCUAAUGCGAACAUAUUGGGAUUUUGAAUUUCCUCGUCCAUAUUUACCAAAUUUUGAGUUUGUGGGAGGACUGCACUGCAAACCUGCCAAGCCUUUACCUAAGGAAAUGGAAGAAUUUGUCCAGACUUCAGGAGAACAUGGUAUUGUAGUGUUUUCUCUGGGGUCAAUGGUCAAAAACCUGACAGAUGAAAAGGCCAAUCUCAUUGCCUCAGCACUCGCCCAGAUUCCUCAGAAGGUUUUGUGGCGAUACAAAGGAAAGAUACCAACCACAUUAGGAUCCAAUACUAGACUGUUUGAUUGGAUUCCUCAGAAUGAUCUGCUUGGACAUCCCAAAACCAGAGCUUUUAUCACCCAUGGUGGAACAAAUGGAAUCUAUGAGGCCAUUUACCAUGGUAUCCCUAUGGUGGGAGUCCCCAUGUUCGCUGAUCAGCCUGACAAUAUUGCUCACAUGAAGGCCAAAGGAGCAGCCGUGGAGGUGAACAUGAACACUAUGACAAGUUCAGAUCUGCUCAAUGCUGUGAGAACAGUCAUUAACGAACCAUCUUAUAAAGAAAAUGCCAUGAGACUAUCAAGAAUUCACCAUGACCAGCCAGUGAAGCCCCUGGACAGAGCAGUCUUUUGGAUUGAGUUUGUCAUGCGUCAUAAAGGAGCCAAGCACCUUCGUGUGGCAGCCCAUGACCUCAGCUGGUUUCAGUACCACUCUCUGGAUGUGAUUGGGUUCCUACUGACCUGCAUGGCAUCUGCUAUGUUAUUGGUUGCAAAAUGUUGUUUGUUUAUAUUUCAAAAAAUUGGUAAGACAGGAAAAAAGAAAAAGAGAGAUUAGAUGAAGGUAAAGACACGUCAGGUCUCUGGGUUUGGUGAAGUACAGAAUGGAAUAGCAAUAGUACUUAGAAGUCCAGGGAGCUGCCAGUCACCCAUCCUCAUCCCAUUUUCAAACUUGCCACUCCUGAUUUAGCCUGCAGGUAAAUUGUAGGAUGCAACAUAGUCACACUUUCCUGAAGGAAUCUCAUCUUUCCUUCACUAUUUCAAUAACUGUCCUAGAAUUAUUUUAGCUUCCUGGCACAGGGGCACUAUUAAUUUAAAUAUGUUCUUUCCCGAAUGUCAUUUAAAUUUAAAUGAGAAAAUAACUGAUAGCAUUCUUAAUCUUUGAGAAGGCACACAGGGUAUACUGAGUUUUAUUUAAGGAUCACACGAAGGUCACUUAGAGUCCUCCUGGAGCACACAAACAGAGCUCUGAUCACAGGGAUUAGUAUAGUAUGAGAAGAUUCAUUAUUUUUUUCUAAAUAAAAGCCAACUCUUGUGUUUCUCUGAUGUCACAGGCAUUAGAGGAUCAGUUCAGAACUGCGACACCAUAUUAUAGUAGAAAAAUCCAUAAAUAUUGUUAGAAUAUUUAAACUGUGAUGGUCUAUUUUCCCGCUUUUCCCUAAAAUAUUUAUCUGUGUGCUCACUCUCCAGUCAAAUGUUUUAGAUACUUUUUUCAAAAAAAGAAGGCAUGAACUGAGCACCAUUUUUUCCUCAGAUUACCAUUACUAGCAACGUUUGAAAGUUAUUCCUAGAAAAAGCAAAUAUUGAAAUAUUGUAAGAGUUUCUUAAAUUUUAAAUGACUGUUCUUUGGCUCUGUGUUAAUCUAUUAUAUUUAAAAAUUGUGUAGUUCUUACUGUAUAAUCACUAUUUAUAAUGAAAUAUUUAAUUUUCUGCUAAAAUAAAUACUUACAUUGUGAUUGCUGU